AGGGCUGAUCGCGCCCAUUACGUCAUCUCGCCACUAACAGGACUUGAUGUCCGCCGCCUACCACCUCAACGCCAUCUCCGAAAAUGCUUCGCGUCUGGGGAUGCGGUUGCAGGAAACCUUUUCGGAGCAUACCAAGGAUCUUUCCCUGAGUAAAGGCUCCUCCCUGUACCUCGAGCCAGAUGAUAAGGGCCGUAACCUCAAGAAGCAGCUGGACUCGUCGAGCGACCGAGAGAAGUUGGACGCCAUGAAACGACUAGUUGCGCUCAUCUCGAAAGGCCGGAAUGUGUCCGAGUACUUUGCGCAAGUGGUCAAGAACGUCGCAUCUGCCAACCUCGAAAUCCGCAAGCUCGUCUAUAUCUAUCUCCUGCGAUACGCCGAGCAGGAGCCCGAUCUCGCGCUUCUCUCGAUCAACACGUUCCAGAAAGACCUGUCGGACAGCAAUCCCCUCAUACGCGCGAUGGCGCUGCGCGUGCUCAGUGGGAUCAAGGUCGCGAUGAUUGGGAGUAUCGUCGUGCUGGGCAUCAAGAAAUGCGCCGCAGACAUGAGCCCGUAUGUGCGCAAAGCGGCCGCACUGGCUGUCCCGAAAUGUUAUGCACUCGACGCGUCGCACCAGCCUGCCCUGAUCGAGAUAAUCUCCUCGCUGCUGCGCGACAGGUCGCCGCUGUCUGUCGGCAGCGUCGCCGUCGCGUUCGAAGCUGUUUGCCCCACACGCCUGGACAUGUUGCAUCAACACUACAGGCGGUUUUGUCGUAUGCUCGUUGACGUGGACGAAUGGGGUCAGAUCAACCUGCUUAAUCUUCUGCUGAGGUACGCAAGAACCAUGCUCCCCCGGCCGAGUGAAGGAGAGGAGAUGGACGGGGACGUGAAGCUGCUGCUCAACUCGGCCGAGCCGUUGUUCCAGAGCCGAAAUCCUGCCGUUGUGCUGGCUGCGGCUCGUGUUGUGUACUAUGGUGGAACGCCUUCAUAUCAUCCACGACUGAUCCAGCCUCUAUUGCGGCUACUGCAUACAUCAAAGGAAGUUGAGCGUGUGGUCAUCGCUUAUAUCAUCGAACUGUCGCGCUCAAGCCCAAACCUUUUCGCGCCAUUCUACCUCCAGUUUCUGUUGCGAACGGACGAUUUGCGGUCCACAAAGCAAGAUAAAAUCAAGCUGCUUCUUCUCCUGUCCAACCACGACGCUCACCAGGCGAUCCUACGAGAACUGAUCGACUGCGCGGACGACCCAGACGACGUGGUCGUCGCAGAUGCCAUCCACGCUGUAGGCAAAUGCGCGCAGAUGGUCCCAGAUUGCCUGCCGCAGUGCUUGACUGCACUGAUGACCAUGAUCAAAAACCGACGAGGCAAGUCCGGAGCAGUCAUGGUCCUGAAGCAUCUCGUGCAGAAGCAGCUCUCUGCUGCCACGUCGUCCUCCUUCGCCGCCGUUGCAUCGGCCCCGCCGCAGUCUCCUCUGACGAUCAUCUCGCAGUUGGCCCGCCGCAUAGACGAUAUCCGGCAUCCCCAAGCGCGGGCCUGCGUGAUUUGGCUGACGGGGCAGUACGCUGCAUCGGCGGAGCAGGGGACCAGUCACCCAGACGGCGUCGUCGAGUGGGCGCCGGACCUGCUGCAUCCUGACCAUGGCUGCCAAGCUUCUCGUGCUGUGUCCCACCCACCAUCGACUGGUGCUGCUGUGCACGUACGUGUUCUCGCUGGCUCGAUACGACGUGAACUACGAUGUGCGGGAUCGAGCGCGGAUGUUGAGCAGCUUGAUCUCGGGGCUGGGGAUACCGAACUGGGCGGGCAGCGACGAGGAGUCGAGAGGCGGUGUCGUUUUGCGGAGAGAGCAGGUCAGGGUGGUCUUUUUGAAGGGAAACGCGGUGUCGUCGAGACCGAGGAGCCUCUCGAUUCUGGAAACACCCUCGGGUCUUUGGGUGCAGUAACCCACAAGCCGAUGCACAGCGACUACAUACUGCCGGACUGGCUGGAGCAAGGCGCCGAGUCGUCGUUGCGAGACACGCCGGAAGAAGCACUGCCGCCGCCGCCGUUGCUGAGCCUGUCGUCGUCCUCGGCAGCGGCGCCCGGAACAGGCCCUCGAUCUAUGCACGCACCUGUUGUGCUCAGCCCGACGAGUGGGCCUCCGAGCACCGGGCUGUCCAAGCCGAAAUGGACCGAUCUCGAUUCGUUCUAUGCCGAAAACGAGGAGAAGUCGGAGUCGGAGUCGGAGGACGAGGACGAGGAGGAAGAGGAAGAGGAAGAUGAAGAUGAAGAGGAGGAGGAGGAGGAAGAGGGUGACGAGGAAGACACAGAUGGCGACGAGCGUCGCAUCUGAAUGUUGUGGAUCAUGUGGAUCUCUACGGAAACUCGGUAAUGCGUGUAUUAUAACACUCACGGGGAACAGCAAUAGUAAUACAGAAGCUGUACGAAUUCGUUCCAACUCUCCAGCGAAAUCGCUUUUACCACAAUACGGAGGGUGUCCGUUACCCUUUCACCAAAGCUGAUGAGCUCUCGUGAGACACCGCGAUCACUCAGUUGAACAAUACAUCGUGUACAUCACUACAUCUACUACAUGACAACACAAGUACCUACGCUGGCAACUUGUAGUACAACGGCGUGCCGAAGACAUGGUACACAUGCCCCGCCUUGCCGCCAUUUUCCUGGUAAUAGUCCAUCGUGAACCACUGCAGUCAGUCAGCGCCCCGCCACAUCGACCGCCAAUUCAGCGAAGCACGCACGUGAUCGACCGGCAGGUCCUCUUUGAACGAGCGCAGGUAGCGUGCCUCGUCCGAGUCGUCCACGACUUGCGUUCCGAACGGCGGGACAACAAACCGCGCGAUUUGGAGUUCCGUGUCGGUGACCUUGCCGCGCGAGAUGCGCGCGUAGGCGGUCCGGUACAAGCCUCGGUAGAAUAUGUACUCGCACCAUCGAUCCCAGUCGUCGCGGUCGACGUCAAACACGUUCCCGUCCUGCACCAGAAUCUCGUACGGGGAAGCUGCGAGCGUUCUUAAUCUGCGGUGUCGGGCCGAAAACAAUAUGCUUCGCCACUCACGACGCGCAGCGAGAGGUUUCGUGACCACAUAGCCCAGGAAUAUGACUGGACCUGGAGCAGCGCGCAUGAUUCGCGCCAGUUCCGUGCUUUGCAGUUCUCGGUCCAGAGGGUCCUCUUCCUGCCCGUUGUGUGCGACGACCACGGUGACAUAGGUCCCGAAUACGUCCAGGACGGCCUCGAUGGCGGGUGCAAG